AUGGCGGGCGGCAAGACACAGGACAGGAAGGAGAGGGAGGAGAAGGACAAGCAGAAGGAAAGCGAGAAGGAGAAGGAGAAUCAGAAGCAGAAUGAAAAGGAGAAAGACAAGGAAAAAGAGGAGAAGGCAAAGGAGAAGGAGAAGCAGAAAGUGAAGGAUCGGCUUGGCGACAAGGAGCGAGAGAAGGCUACAGAGAAGGAGAAGUCAAAAGAGAAAGCGAAGGAGAAGGCCAAGGACAUAGGCAGCGAUAAACCCAGCUCAAAUGCCCUUCCUGGGUACAUUUUUGGGUGCACCAACGUGACAAAGCAAGAGUGCUACGACCGGGGGCUGUUUGGGAGCACGUCCACUCACUGCCGCGAGGUUGAGCGCAUAGACAAGGGCACACGGCUGUUCCUGUUCAACUUUGACGAUCGUGUGAUGCACGGGGUGUAUGUUGCGCGCGGCAAGGGAGGCUGCGCCUUGGUGAGGGACGCCUGGGAAGGCCGCUUCCCCUGGCAGGUGCGUUUUGAGGUGGAGGAGGAGUUUCCUGCACUCAAGGAGUCAGAGUUCAAGUCUGCUAUAAGGGACAAUGUCUAUAAGCACCACAAGUACUCGUUCACUCUCACAGACCAACAGGUGUCAAACCUCAUUGCUCUUUUCCGACGAAACUCAAUACCGCAGCAGCUGGGUGUUGGAGAUGGGGAAAAGGUGUCGAAAGAAGAGACGGCAGGGGUAGAAGGUGAGGAGUGCGGGCAAGCAGGAGAGGGGAAGGAUGAGGGGAAGGUGAACAGGGAAGUGGAGGGUGUGACAGGGGGAAUGGAGGAAGAGCAUGUGGAAGCUGAGGUAGGAGGGAAGGAGGGAGGAGCACGUGGCAAAGAGGAGGAAACGAGGAUUGGCGAGUCGAGGAGUGAGAAAGUUGUUGAGAGCCUGUCAUGGUGUUCACCACUGAGAUUUGAUACACUGAUGUGUGUUGUGCCGUUCUCACCGUUUGACUUCUUGCAGUUCCUUUUCCCUAGCUAUAAGUAG